AUGGUGAAAAAAGAGAGCUCACACCAAGAAAAUCAUGCCCCUGCAACAACAGCGAUAUACCCACCCACCUCUUUUGAUUUCUGUAAGAAUGGGGGCACCUUGGAGAAGGAUGGAUGCAUUUGCCCAGAACAAUGGAAGGGAUGGAGAUGCACUAUAGUUAAUUUCUGUAAAAGCAGCACUGAUGGCAAUUUCCAUUUCGGCAUUAUCACAGUGGGAAAAUAUGGACCUUCUAUAGAAACAUGUGAAAAGAAUACCAACAAUGGUAUGUGUUCUUUUUGUGUAACUUUGGUAGAAAGGGUAGAAAACCUGGAGAAUUAUACAAAUAUUUCUUCUGAAACCCUGUCUUUAACCUCCAAUGCAAACAUGCUGACAGCUCAGAACAUCUCCUUUGCUACCUCUGUGGUACAACAGAUUUUCAAUGAGUCCAAGAAUGCAACAUCUGAGGCAAAGAAAAUUGCAGUAGCUACUGUAAGCCAGCUUUUAGAUGCCAAUGAAGACGCUUUUGAAAAUACUAACACCUUUGGAAAGUAAGAAGAACUCACUACAGAAAUAGAGGCUUAUUCCUUGACUUUGAUGAAUGAAUCUGUAGUCCAACCCAACAUUGCUGUCCAGGCCGUUAGCCUGUCUACAAAAGAUCCUGUAACUGUUAUUUUUUCUGUCCAAAGAGGCGUUAAUGACAUUCUGGAUCCUCAACAAAUACGUAUAGGUAUAAAUGAAACGGAGCUGAAACCAGAAGGCCAAACAGAGCUACAGAUUCUAAUCAAUACCACACAAGGCACCAACAAAACAUUUGGCUUUGUACUAUAUCAGAAUAACAAAUUGUUCCAGUCAAAAAUAUUCCCCAUGAAGUCAAAUCUUAGUCAAAGGAUUGUUUCAGGCAAAGUUAUUGGUAAUGAUACUAACAGUUCAAUGACAAAGGAAAUUCAAAAUGUUUCUGUUGAAAUGAUUUUCAGAUCAAAGUAUAAUGAAUCUCAAUUCCAGCUACAAUCCUACACCUGUGUCUUUUGGAAUGUUAUAAAGGAUGACUGGGACACCUCUGGGUGUAAAAAGAAACCCCAAAACAACUCUCAAUUCCUUGGAUGCCAGUGCAACCAUACCACUAAUUUUGCUAUAUUAAUGAGUUUUCAUAACAAUUACAAUUAUCCUGAACUAGACAUCCUAUCUGACAUUGGUUGUGGAUUGUCCAUUGCUGGUUUAACCCUUACAAUUAUAUUUUAUGUUGUGACAAGGAAGCAAAGAAAGACUUCAAUCACCUAUGUGCUUGUAAGUCUCUUUACAUCUCUGCUGAUUUUCAACAUUCUUUUCCUCUUUGGAAUAGAAAAUUCAAAUAAAAAUAACAACAGGACUAUGAAUGCUGCAGGUGACAAUGUGAUCCCUCAACAUGAUAAUGACCCUCCAAAAAAUCAUUUGUGCACAGCGAUAGCUUUUUUCCUGCAUUAUUUUCUUUUGGCGACAUUUACCUGGGCAGGACUCAAUGGUGUACAACUGUAUUUUCUUCUGAUCAGAACUAUGAAGCCUCUCCCUCCACAUAUCAUUCUCUUUCUGACUCUCACUGGAUGGGGAGUACCUGCUUUGGUAGCAUCUUUAACAGUGGGAAUUUUUUAUCCACUAAAAGGAGAAUCAGGAUACCGGCAGGAGGUAAUAUGUUGGCUUGCAGUUCCAGAAAACAACAAUUUUUGGGAGAGUCCUUGGUUCUGGUCAUUCAUUUUACCUGUAGUCAUCAUUCUCUUUCUUAAUACUAUAGUAUUUAUUUUCAUCACAGUCAAAGUUCUAUGGGGAAGAAAUGAGAACUUGUCAAGCACAAAAAGGAACUCAGCUCUGAAGAAGAUUCUUAACACAUUAUCCAUUGCUGUGAUUUUUGGGCUUACAUGGAUUAUGGGUUACCUGAUGCUAAUAGAUGAUCACAAUAUAAAAAUUAUCUUCAGUUAUUUAUUCUGCAUUUUCAACACAACACAGGGACUGCAAAUUUUCUUCUUCUACACUGCUAGAACAAAAAUCUUCAAGGAUAAAAUUUCUAGUAUGUUCAAGUCAACAUCAUCUGCCAUUGGGAGGAUUAAAAUGCCUUCUCUACAUUCAAAGAAGCUCAGUGGGUCUAAGCGAUUGGCUGAAGCCGGGCUCGAGCCAGAGGGCGACUUACAGCGGCCGAACGUGACAGACGGUAUCCUCCCCCUUGACGCCGUGGCGGCUCCGGCACCGGCGCUUCCCUCAGACACAGGAUCGGAGGAUAAGGCGAGGCUGCGGGCACGGCGGUGGCUGCGGCCCCAACGAGGAAGGUAUUUUUUUUAA